UAAAUAGUAAAAAUUGAUAAAUUUAAGUAAAAUGUUCUUCAUGCUUGAGAUAGAUAGAUUAGUCAGAGUUGCACCUCAUGAGUUGCAUCCAGACCUAGGAGAAGUAAUGUUUCAUAAACUCAGAAAGAUGAUGAUAGGUACUUGCACAGUUGACAAGGGAUAUUGCCUUGAUGUAAUCUCAGUUGGAUACAUUGGAGAUGGGACCAUCCUUGACACUUUUGGAGAGAUUGAAUUUCCAGUGAAAUAUACAGCUCUCCUCUUCAAACCUUUCAGAGGAGAUGUACUUGAUGGGACAGUCACAAAGGUCACUCCAAGUAAUAUAAUCGUAACUUUUGGGCCACAAGAGAUCAUGAUCACUCAUUCUUGUAUGCCAGCCGGCUGUGAAUAUGACCCUUCCACAAAUGUCUACAAGACCCCUGAGAUGGACCUCAUGAUCAGGGAAGAAGAUGAGGUCAGAUUCAGAAUAAUCGGAGUAAACUUUAUCUGUGCCCAACUCACAUGCGCUGGAACUAUGGAUGAGCCAUACCUUGGCCUCAUCAACACCAAGACUGACAAGGCUUAACUCUCAUAAUCACGGUUCUUCUUUCCCUUAAUUU